AUGGGCAAGGUCAAGAUUGGAAUCAAUGGAUUCGGAAGAAUUGGCCGAUUGGUUGCGAGAGUUGCUCUACUGAGCGAUGAUAUUGAACUCGUUGCCGUAAAUGAUCCUUUCAUUACCACCGAGUACAUGACUUACAUGUUUAAGUACGACAGUGUUCAUGGCCAAUGGAAAAAGGGUGAAAUCAAGGUGAAGGAUUCCAAGACUCUUCUCUUUGGCGAUAAGCCUGUUACAGUUUUUGGCAUGAAAAAUCCAGAGGAAAUCCCCUGGGGUGAGGCCGGAGCUGAAUAUGUUGUGGAAUCCACCGGAGUUUUCACUGACAAGGACAAAGCUGCUGCCCACUUGAAGGGAGGUGCAAAGAAGGUUGUCAUCUCAGCUCCAAGUGCAAAUGCACCCAUGUUUGUUAUGGGUGUCAACGAGAAGGAGUACAAAUCUGAUAUCACCAUCGUCUCUAAUGCUAGCUGCACAACCAACUGCCUUGCUCCACUGGCCAAGGUUAUUCAUGAUAAAUUUGGUAUUGUUGAGGGACUUAUGACCACUGUUCACUCCAUAACAGCAACCCAGAAGACUGUUGAUGGUCCAUCGAUGAAGGACUGGAGAGGUGGAAGAGCUGCUUCUUUCAAUAUCAUUCCCAGCAGCACUGGAGCUGCCAAGGCUGUAGGAAAAGUUCUGCCUGCACUGAAUGGGAAACUUACAGGGAUGGCCUUUCGUGUUCCUACUGUUGAUGUCUCGGUGGUUGAUCUUACUGCCAGGCUUGAGAAGCCUGCCUCAUAUGAUGAUAUCAAGGCCGCUAUCAAGGCUGAGGCUGAGGGAAGCAUGAAAGGAAUCCUAGGUUUCACCGAGGAUGAUGUUGUGUCAACAGACUUUGUGGGUGACUGCAGGUCUAGCAUUUUCGAUGCAAAAGCUGGGAUUGCGUUAAACAACAACUUCGUGAAGGUUGUGUCAUGGUACGACAACGAGUGGGGUUACAGUAAUCGUGUUGUUGAUUUGAUUCGUCAUAUGGCCAAGAGUUGAAGCGUUCUCGACCACAGUUUUGACUAUACUAGUACAACUCCUUAAUGAGAGAGAUAGGUCGGGAUU